AUGAGUGAAGAGGGACACAAAGGUUCCAGCCAGCCAGCUGAGGCCAAACCAGAUAACUCCUGCUCGCAUGAUUGGUUCAUCAUUAGCCAGAUGUUCUCAGAGCUGUUCAGUUUGAUGACCAAUGCACAGAUUGUCACAGAUGAACAUUUCAGGAUGUUGAAAACCAUGGAGUUACAGGAAUUGCUUCCUGUCACCUCUGGAGGUGAUGUCACACAUGGGCAGAGUGAUUUUAAAGUAACAGUUAUCAACCACUUCCUAUCCAAACGUGGGAGUGCUCUCUUAGACGCUUGCCUCUCCAGGUUCCAGAGCUACGAGGCAUACCCAAAAGACAAAUACCAUGAGGACAAGAACCUCUUGGACUUCCUUAACCUUGGCAAUGAGAACAAGCUCUGCCUUGAUCUGAUGACUGAAAGGUUGUGUCAGAGUGACAUGAACUCCAUCGAGGAGAACCAGCUACAGUACCCCGAGGACAGAGGCCAACUGUUCCUUCAGGAAGAAGUGGCUGGGUUCCUCACCUACUACUGCAAGGCACCUUCUCGCCUAGAUCCAGAAAAUGUGGUUGUCCUCAAUGGCUGCUCCUCUGUCUUCUCUGCACUUGCCAUUUUUCUGAGUGAUCCGGGGGCGGCCUUUCUAGUCCCAGUUCCCUUCUGUGGUGGCUUCGCCUUUAGUCUGUUUGCAAAAGUUGAGUUGAUGAUUCCUGUCUUCCUGGAGAGCAAGUUCAUUUCUGAAAAGGCCCAUGUUCUCCAGAUCACUGUAGAGAAGUUGGAGGUGGUCUUGCUUGAAGCUAGGGUUAAGGGAAAAACCAUCAGCGGUCUUGUACUAACCAACCCUCAGAAUUCUCUGGGUGGUGAAUUGAUGGAAUACUUGUCCUUUGCCAAGAGGCAUAGCCUCCACGUGAUCAUAGAUGAGAGUUGCAUGCUGUCCGUGUUCGGUGAAGACAUCACAUUCCGCAGUGUUCUGAGCCUAACAAGUUGGCCUGACUCUAAAAGGACCCAUGUGAUCUGGGAUGCCAGUUUGGAUUUCGGCAUCGCCAGCUUCUGUCUUGGUGCUUUGUACACCCACAAUAGUCUUGUGGCCUCUGCCAUGUGCUCCUUUGGCUGCCUCCAUGGUGUCUCUGGCAUCACGCAGUACAAGCUAGGCCGAUUGCUCCAGGACAGAGGAUGGAUUGAUGAGGUGUACCUGCCCACUAACCACUCCCGGCUGCGGGAAGCUCACAAGUAUGUCACUAGCAAGCUAGAGGCGCUGGAGAUCCCAUUUCUCCCUUGUAGCUCUGGCCUCUCUGUGUGGAUCAACCUGAAAGAUUACCUUUACUACGACCUGGCUACAUUUGAAGAAGACCUGCUCCUCUAUCACCACUUCCUGUAAAGCAAGCUGAUAUUAUCCCAUGGCAAAUUCUUCAGGUGUGAGAAACCUGGCUGGUUCCACCUUGUCUUUGCAGAAAAACACAAUCAACUCAAAAAGGCUAUGAGUCAGUUUCUUCAGGUGCUACAGGAGCAGACACAGGAUUGCUUAGAGAGACUACUGGAGGAUGCCCUGAGGGAAUAG